AUGGUUAGAAGAUCUAAAUCAAUGGAGACAACAAUAAAAGAAGGAAAUCUAUAUUUAUAAAGAAUGGAAUAAAUGGAAGGAGUAAAAUGUAGAAAAUAAAACGCAUAAUAAAGAUAAAAAAAUUAAAGAGGAGCACAAGCUGAUAAGAAAAAUAAGAAUUCCCCUAAAAAAAUUGAUCUAUAAAAAUAAUUUAAAGCAAAGAGAGGAAAGCAGUAAAAAUAAUAAAAAAAAGCAAAAGAGUACCUAAAGAAGCGGUCUUCAAUAUCUAUCUCUAAGUCUAUUUUAAAAAUUGAGAAAAAAUCAAUUAUUAAAUCUUAAAGAGUGCAAAAAAAUGAGCAUGCUACUAAUAAAAAUACCAAAAAGAGGUUUUAAGUUGAAAUAAGUAAGAAUAAUGAGAUGGAAAUAGAAAAAAAAAAUGAAUAAAGUAUUGGAAAAAAGANAUAUAAUGAUAUCAUCUAAUCUGGAUUUUAUCACUGCGAUUUAAAGACUGCCAAUAUACUAGUGGAUUCUUCUACCCUCUAAAUAUAAAUCUGCGAUUUAGGAUUUGCAAAAUAAAUAAACUAAAACAUCAAAAGCAGAAGAGGUUCAAGAGGAUAUUUUGCCCCAGAAUUUUUCUAGAAAGAAAUAAUCAACAUGGAUGAAAAAACAGAAAUCUAUGCUUUAGGAGUAAUAUUAUAUUAACUUUUAACAAAUGAAUUUCCUUAUACGAAUCAAAUUAAUUGUUUAAAAUGGAUAUAAAUCACAAAAAGCAAUUGGAAGGAUUUUUGGAAAAAUAAAAAAGUUUCAUAAUUGUAUAAAGAUAUACUUUAAAGCAUUUUUGAGAUGGAUCCAAAUAAGAGAUGCAAUUUGUGUUAUUUAUAAAGCAUAUUUCAUUUUUGA